AUGGGUGGUACAUAUUCUGUCGUUGCAGAUAUUUCUCGGAAUGUUAGUAAUGGCGUAAAAACUUCAUACCGUGGAAAAAAUGGAAAUUCUAUAGGCCUCACUAGGAUAGAUGAACCAGAGAUUAGAAAGAGUGAUGAAGGUGGUGAAGAUAAGGAUAAGUUGAGAAACUAUAAGUUUUAUUAUCAUGCAAUUCCAGAAGAUAAUGCUUGGUGGUCUGUCUAUUAUCAGCUCCAAAGGGUUGAGCACAAUGGUAUUGAACAAACUGGACUGGAUGGAAAGGGUUACCUUAGCACUUACAGGGAGGUACGUAUAAUAUACUGGCUGAGUGAUGAACACAAUUCAUUUCCACUGAUUAUUGGUCUUGGUACACCAAAUGUAACCUAUUACAAACGACUAGUAAAUGUUAUCGGUAACGGAUGGGAAAGUGCUGGAAUAACCCAUCCAGCGGAUUUGUCAGACUACAAUAAAGUAUUAUGCGAGCUUAAUAAUGGGCUCAAAAGUAUUGUGAUAGUCAACCUCAAUGCAAAGAAUGGACAGAACUACUGUGGUCAUCCUUCCGUCAAACAAGGAGAGUCCCCUCCAGAAUCCUGUAAAGAGGAGUCGAAAUUUCUCACUGUCAGUGUAGAAUGUGACAGCCAGCUUCACAAAGGUUUUAAUAAGUAUACUCAUAAGUUUAAUGACAAUGCUCCCAUGAAAAUAUUGUCUGCUUUACACAGUGGGAAUAUAGUUUCGUUUGGAAAAAGGGAUAUUUCUAAACAAUACAAAGAGGUUAAUGUCUACUACUCUUCGACCGAUAGCGGUAGGAAUAAACCAUUGAUCAUAGGACUAGCUCAUUUUAGUGGAGGGCAAUCCGAAUAUUAUACAUUUGAUGGGAAAUUAGCCAGGAAUCACUCUAUUAAGGAACCCAAACUUCUGGAUCAUCUAGAUGAACAAAACUGUAUGCGAAACAAUAUUAUUGUAGCAGACCUAUCUAAAAAAGGUAGAUAUUGUUGUGGCAUGAGUAAACAUAGGAAGAUUCAAGUCCACCAGAUUAUUCGUAACAAUGUACCUGCUGGAUAUACUUCGUAUUUACACCUUCCAACAGAUUCAGCUAUCUUUAGUAUUCACAGGUUCAAGAGUGUAGACCAUAUCCAUACCUUUUCAAACCUUUCUGGAUGGAUUACCGGGAUUUAUGCCUACUUCUGUAAUAAUGACCUCAACAAGCCGCUAUUGCUAUAUGUGAACCAAGGAUCAGGGUAUGGAAAAUGGUUUAAGAGGACUUCUGUAGAAAGCAAUAACUGGACAGAAGAUGAUCUGAGUUCCCUGAAAAUUCAUACACCAACUUUUCAUAGCAUAAAACAACCUAUUAAAGAUAUACUCCACAACAUUUGUAAGGAAGUGGGAAUUGUUGGAUGUAAACAUGCUCCUGAAGUAUCUACUGAAUCAACCACUGCUUCUCCUGUAGGUUCUGUUAGUAAUUCUAGUGAUAGCGGUUCUGGAAGUAGUCAUGGAGGAGGUGGGGGCUCUGCUAGUAUCACUCCUAAUUCAUCAUCGGUCCAACAAAACACUGACACUGGUCAAUAUGGAGAUGCUAGAGAACAAGGCUCUGCUGUUGGUCAUACUCCACCUGGUAAAUCUGGUCCUACAGGACCUGCUGGUGAAGAAGGCUCUAGUAGUUCUAGUGGUAGUGGUACUUCUGGAUCUGAUAGAGGUGCUGGAGUAGGCUCUGAAAGAACUUCUGCUACAGGACAAGGAAAGGACAAGACGUUUCUUCAGAAAGCACUUGCCUUUUUUCAAACAACACCAGGCAUAAUUACUGUAUCAGUUACCCCUAGUAUAGGUGGUCUCAUCGGUGUUACUAUAUGGAAGGGACCUGCUCUACUUGCACGACUAAUAACUCGUCUGUAG